AUGUGCAAUAAAAUAUGUUUAAAUCAAAUUAAAUAAAAAAGAUGUAUUACUGAUUUUUAAAAUAGAUAUAAAUAUAUUUUUAAUAAAACAGAGAGAUGUACAUUGACAUUGUGUUAAAGAAAACGUUUAGUGUCUGGGACAGUAUCAAACAGUGUUCAACAACAUAGUACAUUUUAAUUAAUAUACUAAGUGUUUGAAUACUUCGGACAGUAUCAAACAGUGUUCAACAACAUAGAACAUUGUAAUUAAUAUACAAAGUGUUUGAAGACUUAGGACAGUAUUAAACAGUGUGCCACAAUAUAGAACAUUGUAAUUAAUAUACUAAGUGCUUGAAUACCUAGGACAGUAUUUAAUAGUGUGCAACAAUAUAGUACAUUGAAUGAAAAUAUGUUAAAGCAGCGUAUUACAUAUUGAAAAAAAGUAGAUUAAUCUCAAGUGGCUGCUAUUUUUGGUCGGCAAUUUCCAUUUAAAUAUUCUGUCUUUGAGAGUAAUCGAUAUCAAAUGAUACAAACUGUAACUUAUUUCACAAUUGUUAUUCCAUGAAUGAAAAUGUACAGUGUAAAUAUUCAACUGUCUAUCUUUUGCAGUGAUUAUAACUACCUAUUCAAAUACCUGUUGAUAGGAGAUUCUGGAGUAGGGAAAUCUUCACUACUUCUCCGGUUCGCGGAUGACGUGUUUUCGGAAACAUACAUCUACACAAUAGGAGUAGACUUUAAAAUUCGCACAGUCAGCCUUGAUAACAGCACUGUACGACUACAAAUAUGGGACACAGCUGGGCAAGAGCGAUUCAAAACCAUCACCUCAUCUUUCUACCGCGGGUCACAUGGUAUAAUGCUUGUGUAUGAUGUUACAGACAUGGAGUCAUUUCAGCACGUGGAAUCAUGGAUCCAAGAGGUCGUCAAAUACGGAGGUAGUGAAAACACAUUGAUUCUUGUAGGGAACAAAUCAGACUUGACCAGUAAACGGGUGGUAACAUACGACAUGGGCAAGAAAUUUGCUGACAAACUGGGUAUUUCAUUCAUGGAGACAAGUGCCAAAAGUGCAACAAACGUUGAAUCCCUAUUUAUGACAAUGGCGUCCGAAAUCAAAACUCAAAUCGUCGAUGGUAGUUUAGACACCACUGGCGGUGCUACAGUUGUGGUGAGGAACAGUUCACCAGUUAACACGAAAUCAUCAUGGCUAUGUUGCUGAGGAUAUAAAGACAUGUACUGAAGUAGACGGCAUACUUGGAGGAACCAUAACACUUGCUGUGUGACUUGUGUUGAAAAUGCACAGAAAACGAUAAAGAAUGAUGAUAAGGUUACGGAUGAUAUUGAUAAAGCAUUUUGUUUGCCUUCAACACAACGAAUAUCUUUAUCAUUACCAUAACAUCACUUGUUCUAAAUUCAAAAAGAAAGUUAUAUUGGUUAAGAUUGUUAGGAUAAGUGAUGACAAUGGCUGUUAUAUAUAACAAUGCAUGUUAACAAAGAAUCGACAUCAGUUUCAGUCCACGUUACUGAUAAUGACAUUUAAACAUGCUGCUCUGUAAAGCUACAUCUAUAUGUUAACAAUGUUCCUGUGUUAUUGAAUGCAUAUUGAUAAGCGACGUAAGUUUUAAACGAGAUGACAGGAAAAACAUUUGAACAUAAUGUGCAAUAGAUGUAUUUCAUAUGUGUAUAAAAUUUUAUUCAAGGUCAUACUUUGUAUAUAAGUAUAAUGUGUAUUUAUGGUUGUCAUGGUGUAUAGAGUUAUGUACAGUGUAUGUCACGUUUUUCAGAACCCAGAAUCCAUAGAAGGUCCAAACAAUUACACUGCUCUGCGUAAAAUUAUUUGAGGUAUACUGUCAAACUCCUGCUACUCAAACUUCGAUAAUUCGAAGUCUUGAUGUAGGAUUUUUUUGCCAGAUAUUCGAAAAAUCGACUGUAUAAUAGUACAUGUAUAUUGUAUUUAUAAAGGAUGAGCAAAUGCUGCCUUGAUACAAAUGAUAAAUACUCUUUAAUUCUUGAUGUUGGGUAUGAUACCUCGGAAAAGUGAUUGUUGUUUAUUGUAGUCUGUGAUAGCUGGGGAGGCUGAGAAUUCUACAUUUCCAAGAAUUCGCAAUAUCAUUUAUUUCCUGUGUUAAAUGUUUAAAUGACAGAUAAAAUGUUUUGUUUCAUAUAUAUAUAUUAUACAACU